GAGAUCAUCGCACACAGAAACUGCUACGUCAUUCAGAAAAUAAAUAUUGAUUUCACCAGGCGAGGUUUCCGGGGGAAAAGGCACCGCUGGAAAUGCACUUCCAAGGAACUAGAACCUUGAACUUAUUGUUAUAACUCGGUAACAGGUGAGUUGUUGGAUUGAAAUAGGUAUGUAUUAACUAAAAUUAGCUAGAAUUAUACACAAGAGAAAAUUAUUUCGUGGCAAUGGGGUGUUAAAAUGCAAGUCGACUUUUAACUGAUAGGAAAUUAUAGUUCGCAAGAUAAAAACACUAUAUUUUAUAAUGUUUUUAGAAAGGGAAAAUAAUUAAUUAAGAUUGGAUAGAUCCAAAUUGGGUCUUGUACUUUAAAAACACUUACGUUCUUGCGAUAUCUGAGCCUAUCAAAAAACAGUUCCUAUUUAUUACGAAUAAGUUUGUUUAUAAUAUAUUGAAGCAUACAGCUGUGUUAAUUAAAUUUGAAUAAAAUUCUUUUUCUGUGCAAAAAUCUUAGUUAAUUGCCUGCGCGUGGAUGAACUAGUUGUAUCCAUCAAUUAAGAUAGCUAAAGUUAGUAUUUACAGAUCACUGAUCCGUCUGACACUUAUAGUAAGCAUUCAGGCGUAAGUUAUCCAGCCAAGACAUUCAAAUUGCUUUUUAAUUGUGCUGGUCAUUACGAAAUAAUUGCCCCAUAUUAGGCUCUAAGCUGGUCAAUUUUUCAAGAAAAACAAAUGCGUGUUUUAGUCAGUACAAAUGGCUUUCAGCCCGAUCGUUUAGCCCAAGAUCACGCUAUCCAAGAUGUCAGCAAGGUGAUAUAAUCCGAGUACAGAACAAAAUAAGCCAUCACGAUAAUAACUUGUCUCGAUGUGCGAUCUGUACUUAAUGAUAUGGCGUCGGGAUGACUAACCUCUUAUUACACUGUGGCCAGCAAUUGAAAUUCGAAAGGAUUCCUGACAUUCUAGGUGGAAACUCCCCAAGGUGAAUCGUAAACAAAAAGAGAGUUGGUUUUUUGGGGCUCCGGUAUCUGUACACUCUAUAUAUCUCAGAGUUAAGAUAGUGAAAAAGCUCACACUCUUAGAUGGGUUUUAAGAGAGCGACCCCAAAAGAGAGAAGACAUGGAGCUUCUGUCGGCUUUCGGAUGGAGGGGCACUUUCAGUGACGAUAAAAGUGAACGCGGAUCAAGUUGGGCCGCAAAACUUUCCACACUAGCAUAGCUGUCAGAUUAGUUGACCCACAAGCAACAACAAAAACAGAAACAAAAAAGAACCAUGUUGUUGUUACAGAAUUUGCGACUCGGUCGGGGAUUUGUUAAUUACGGAGUUUGCCGCCAGAGCUUGAGAAACUUUGCAGCCGCUGGUGGUGAUAAAACCAAAGGCCCCGCUGAUAACAAUGCCAGCGAAGUGGACGAACGACACCCGCUGCAUGGCAUCCGGAUUUUGGACCUAUCGCGCAUCAUCGCCGGCCCCUACUGCACCAUGGUACUGGCGGAUCUCGGGGCGGAGGUCAUCAAGGUGGAGCGUCCGCACUUCGGCGACGAGGCCAGGAAAUGGGGGCCACCCUUCCUGGAGAACAGCAAAGAUGCCGCCUAUUUCCUGGCGCCGAAUCGCAACAAGCGGAGCAUCUGCAUCGACAUUAAGCGCGGCACACGGCUCCUGCAUCGGCUGGCCGAGAUUAGCGACGUGCUGGUGGAGAACUAUGUGCCCGGCACCUUGGAUCGCUACGGUUUGGGCUACGAGCAGUUGCGUAAGGUGAAUCCGAAGCUGAUCUAUUGCUCUAUGACGGGCUAUGGCUCCGUGGGACCGUAUGCCAAGCGACCCGGCUACGAUGUGAUUGCCUCCUCCGUGGGCGGACUGAUGCACAUCACCGGGGAGCAGGGUGGACCGCCCAGCAAGGUGGGCGUGGCCGUGACCGACAUGUCCACGGGGCUCUAUGCCCACGGAGCGAUUCUGGCAGCCCUCUAUCAAAGGACACGCACUCAGCGUGGCCAGAAGAUCGAGGUGAACCUGCUGUCCACCUGCUGCUCCCUGUUGCUCAACGUGGGCAGCAACUACUUGAACUCGGGAGUCGAGGCCGGCAGAAUGGGCACUGCCCACUCCAGCAUAGUUCCGUAUCAGAGCUUCAAGACGAGGGAUGGCUAUCUCACACUGGGCACCGGCAGUGAUGAUCAGUUUCUGGACCUUUGUCGCCGCUUGAAUGUGGAAGAAUUGCCCCGGGAUCCGAAGUUCAAAACCAACAAAGAUCGUGUCAAGCAUCGUGAUGAGCUGAUCAAUAUCUUGGAGCAAAUGCUAGCUGGGGAUACAUCCCGCAACUGGAUGAAGCUAUUCGAGGGUGCCUCCUUUCCCGUGGGUCCUGUGAACUCUAUUCCCGAAGUGUUCGAGGACGAACACAUUAAAGCAAUUGGCCUGGUCAAAACUCUGCCACACCCUAAAGAUGGAUCCGUCAAGGUGGUCGGACCUCCCGUGGUCUUUAGCGAAGGACGGAACGAUGCUCGGACAGCUCCUCCGAUUCUGGGCCAGCAUACGGACGAAGUGCUGGGAGAACUUUUGGGCUUUGGGCAGGAAGAGCUAGACCAGCUGAGGAAGGAUAGCAUUAUUCAAUAAACCGUCUAGGUUUUGGAGGGAGAUAAACUACAAAUUUUACGGACAUAUCUCUGGAUCUCUCAAAAGAGUAACAACGAAAUAUGUAUCCUAGUGAAGAAAAAUUUACCUUUAAAUCUUUUAACCAAGUGACUGCCUUUUAGUUAUAAACACAAAAUUAUUAAAUUAAAAAAAAACCUUCGUAAAUUAAAUGCUAUCAAAGCUUAUCAUCCGGUUGCACACAAAAUGCUAAAAGAUCUAAAGUAAAUUAACAUGUAAUUAGCUUUAUUUCCGGAGGCUUCGCUUUGCUAGAAAUUCGUUCCAACUUUUUAAUUCUACGUCGGGUCAGAAGUCAUGUAAAAAGGCCAAAGAUUACUUUUAACUUUCAAUCAGUUCUGUGUCGUAAAGUUCGAACCUUCCCUAAUAUACAAAUUAGCAGUGAUUUGAAUGGUGCCGAUUUGUACUUAGCUCAAGUGCGAGCCAUAAACAAGCAUAUGGUAAAAGGAAAUUGAUUUUUUAGUGCCCUUUAAUACAGAUUAAAUGUUUUUAAAACAUCUCUCGUUUUUUUAUACCCUUGC